ACAUGAGCGACGGGCCAUUGACACCCACAAAGGUGAUGGGCAGACCGACUGGCGGACGCAUUCCGCUCUCUGUCAAAGCCGCCAAAGUGAUCAAUAAGGAGGAAGUCCGCUCCGAUCCCUUUGACGACACUCCUCAUCAUGAGGUCGAGAACGACCCUUCGGAGCAAAGUGGCUCAGGCCCACGUUCUUCAGCUGGAUUACCGCUUGAGGCUGCUAAAGGUGUCGUUCCACCAAGUAAACGUCCCCGACACGAAUUGUGACAUGACGCAUCCAAUGCCAUCCAUCAUUGAAAAUAAAUCUGUGCCUUACCUCAUCCAAUCAACUCCUUUUUGUUAUCUCACUAAUUGGACUUAUUGUCACCGUGUGUUCGUAAGAUAUGUGGCCUUCUGCUCUAAACCCAUCAUGACCUAGGCUUUCAUGUUUUGCUACUCAUAUGUUUGUGCGGUUGAGAUGGGAAUAUAUUAUUUGUCAUAGUUGCGUUCUC